AUGUCUGCUCAAAUACCAAACCUAGAGAAGUUUGGCCUCUCCAAGUCACUUGGCUUUCUUUCCGAUGAGCGACCCCUUGAAUCGUUCACCAAUUCCUAUUUCGCUGCCUGGGACGAUAUUUCUGGCACAUUACCCCAAGAUAUACGGUCCCAUGAGAUUGGGGACAAAGUGCGGCGAUUACCAAUCCUGGAUGGCACAAAAUUGGUAACGGAGCUGCAGUACCGACGAGCAUACGUGGCCUUGGCCUUUAUUAUUCAUGGUUACACAUGGGCUGGAUCUGCAGAUGGAAAGCCAUUGGGAGAGAUUCCACCACAGCUCGCCGACCCUUUUCUUCAUGUCUGCGACCAUCUUGGUCUACAACCGGUGUUGAGCUACGCAGGGCUUUGCUUGUGGAAUUGGGCUGCAAUUGGUGGCAGUGGAAGUGCAUCAGGCGGAUUUCCAGACCUUGGGCAAAUGAAGUCAAUGGCUACAUUUACAGGAACACGAGGCGAAGAUGCAUUCUACCACGUCCCGGUGCUUAUUGAGGCUGAGGGUGGUCCGUUGGUCUCUCUUCUUCUCAAUGCGGUUGCGGCAGCCGACGACUCUAAUGAUGCAUUUGUGAUCAAGGCCCUCAACGAAUCUGCAGAGACACUUGCGCGCAUGGGGGCUCAUUUACCCAAAAUGUAUCCCGUCCUCGAUGCCCAGCAUUUCUAUCAUACGAUUAGGCCCUAUUUUGGCGCGGGGGUGGGCAAUGAAGACAAAGGUUUGCCUCGUGGGGUAGUAUUCCAGAGAAGCAACGGAAUCGAGGAAGAAGUAAAAUGCAUUGCAGGCACAGCAGGGCAAAGUGCAUUUUUUCAGUUCUUGGACCUCGUGUUGGGAGUAGAGCACAAGAAACCCGAGGAUGCAAAGGAGACCUUUUUCCAGGAAAUGAGAGCCUACAUGCCCCGACAGCAUAGAGACUUUCUCAACCUCGUAUCGAAAUUGACAUCGCUCCGAGUUUUUGUAAGCAAUAACAAGCAGAACCAGGUAUUGGUGGAUGUAUACGAUAAUUGCUUGAAGCAGCUUCGGCUCUGGCGAGGCAAACACAUCGCCGUGGUCUCGAAAUACAUUGUGCAACCUGCGCGCCAGGCAGCAGAAAUGGCUGAAAAUGGGACAAGUACAAACGGUGUGCAUGAUGCAAAGGAUGAAGAUCUUCGAGGGACUGGAGGAUCGGCAUUGAUACCCUUUCUCAGGCAAACCAAGGACGAAACAUUGGGGUCAGGUGGUUCCACGUCAUAA